AUGGGCAAUGUUCCUUCAGACAAGACAGCCGACGGGACAGCCCCGAUAUCAGAACAGGGUGCACCAGCUUCAACGCCUCCCAAUGUCAGACACCAUCCCAGCUUCGCAGAAGCUCGAUAUGGAACCGCCCCUUCUCCCUUAAACAUGGGCAUGGGAUACUCCCUCCCAGGCCAUCAUUCACAAGGCUAUACUCAUCAGCCAAUGCAUCAAUACCCAGCAGUCCAAGGGCAAGGCAUGAUGUAUCCAAUGCCCAUGGCUCCGUAUGGACACAACUCUGGAGGCAUGUACGGCAUGCCUUACCCAGUUUAUCCGCCAUAUGCGAUCCCUCAGUAUCCAGGCCCUCAACAUGGAACUCAUUACCAGCCACAUGGAACCCAGAUUCAGAACAUGCAAAACAUACAAAACUUCAGCCCCGGGCAAAUAUCUCCAUAUGGCUAUUACCCUCAUCCGCCAUACGGUGUCCCUUAUGGAGUAACUCCUACCGGCCAAAUCCCCCAGACUGCAUCUCCAGUUCGUACUAACACGAGCUCACCACCCAAACCAGGCCCUUUGCGCAAAGAAGAUAAACGGGUGGAUCUGGAAUACGACGUUUCAAAGACCAUCGUGGAUGGAUCGAAUCCCAUGAAAUUAGCGCAGCCCAAACCCCCGCCGCUCCCCUCCGACAAUAGUUCCCCUUCGCAGCCAACUCCGACCGCUCCGAGUACCCCACGAGGACCACCCCGAAAACCAAAGCAAUCCGGCCACGCGCUGUGGGUUGGAAAUCUUCCCCCAGGAGCCAAUGUCGUAGAUCUCAAGGAUCACUUCUCACAGGAUGCAACAAACGACAUCGAAAGUGUGUUCCUGAUCUCCAAGAGUAAUUGUGCAUUCGUGAACUACAAGUCGGCUGCCGCCUGUGCCGCGGCGUUGGCAAGAUUCCACGACUCUCGAUUCCAGGGCGUGCGUGUUGUCUGCCGAUUGCGAAAGGGUUCCACUGCUCCGGGGUCUGGAUCUCUAGGUGUGGCAGGUUCCGUGAAUAAUCUCCCACCACGCUUGGAGGAAAUCUCUACGGCUACGACUACGACUACUGCUACACCUGCGGACCCGGGUGAGGGCGAUCCAAUCGCACCGGAGCUCGGCUCGGCAGCGCCUGUCACGGGGAACGAUCCGCCACCGGGCCGGCUGGUAGAUCGGUACUUUAUCGUCAAAAGCUUGACGGUGGAGGAUCUCGAGCUGAGCAAGCAAAGUGGCAUCUGGGCUACGCAGUCUCACAACGAGGCGGCGAUGAAUCAGGCUUUCGAGACCACCGAUUACGUCUAUCUAAUUUUCUCCGCCAACAAAUCUGGCGAGUAUUUUGGAUACGCGCGUAUGAUGUCGCCGAUCAGCGACGAUGAAGAGCUCGCCUUGGAGAUGCCAUCCCGGCCCGAACCCCCACCCGGGCCCGACGAGCUCGACGUGACCCUCACAGCGGCGACCUCGACAGCGCCGCAAGGCCGAAUCAUCGAUGAUCCAGUUCGGGGUACUAUCUUCUGGGAAGUUGAGUCGUCGGAGGAUGAGAACGACGACGCCAGCGAGAAGAGCGUCGAGCCCGAGGAUCCGGAGGAAGGUCAAACCUUUGGUAAACCGUUCCGCAUUCAAUGGAUUUCGACGGAGCGGGUGCCCUUUCAACGCACCCGUGGCCUCCGUAACCCCUGGAAUGCGAAUCGGGAAAUCAAAAUUGCUCGUGAUGGCACUGAAAUCGAGCCGACGAUUGGCCGUAAGCUGAUUCAGCUGUUUCACUUGCCUUGA